CUUGUUAUCAAUUCUCGCUGUGGCCUAACAUUUAGUAGAACGGAUACUUGAUGUAGGAAGAUCCUAUAUACGUGAUAGAAACGGACGGAGAAAACCCACCCACACAUCCUCAAGUCGGUACGGCAUGGCCAAACAGGUUGAUAGUUGGGAACUCCGACAAGAUCAAUUGCUCGUUCCGUUUUCCCAAAUCCAUCCGAAGCCAUGCGCAUGGACACUGUUUUGAUGCAGCAAAUUCUGAACGCCGAGCCAGCUUUCUUCGAUAUCGAAGAGAAGAUAAGGUGCACGAAACUCCUCGACGAGAUGUCAACGGAAGAAUGCGAAGAAUUGGCUCUAUCGUCUUAUACGUAUUGGCUGGCUACCUUUGACGAAAUCCAGCCCGAUAGGGGCAUGCAGAGACUUGCCGCUUUAAAGGAUAUCCGACGGCAUUACAUUGCCGAGAACAAAAAGUACGAUAGUACCUUGGAGCGUUUGAGACAAACUUGCCGGCUACGGAGAGACAACACUAUUACCGUAUUACGAACGCUGUUUGCCGACAACUUCGACCAAUUCGGCCUCACAGCGAACCAACUCGCCAUUCGGGCGGAGUAUCAGGUGUUGGUUUCUGAAGAGCUCGCGAAGCAAAAUAUGGUGGUUCGCGGGUACGACCGAGAGAAUCGUGCUAUUUUGUACAAGCUUUCGCGGACCAAAAAGGAUACACUCGAAUUAGCUUACACUCUUACGCAGCUCUAUCUGAUCGACCGGGCCGCUGCAGCAUCGGAAGUAGUAUCACGAGGCAAACAAGACCAAGUGGUGGUGGUUCUCGUUUUCGACAACUAUCUGAGGUCUCUUUCACCGCCAUUAAGUACCUGGAUGCGGAGCAAGCGAUGCCGAUGCUCCGAUCCGAUGGGCACUUGA